GACCAAGAGGGCGACAGAGCGGAGAGGAGCUGAGCCGAGAGGAGAGCAGAGUUUGCCGAAUACAUGAGACGGUGUGUCCCGGUGUCGGAAAUUAUCACCCAGCAUUCUGGAAUUUACAUUAGCCUCCAGACAAGUGGCUGCAGGUUGAAUCUGUCCCUCGGCCUUUCUGUGAGAGGAGUGACCCAGACACCACAGUGACAGGAGUGGCCGGCUGCAGCUUCGCAGAAGAUGUCUGAUAAUGGGGAGGUCGAGGACAAGCCCCCAGCUCCACCUAUGAGGAACACUAGCACCAUGAUUGGCUCCUCCAACAAGGACCCCGCCCCCCUCAACCACGGGUCCAAGCCCCUCCCACCAAACCCAGAGGACAAGAAGAAGAAAGAUCGCUCAAUCCGAUUCAUCCUGACCGGAGGAGGUGAUAAGACGUAUAAGAAAAAGGAGCGUCCGGAGAUUUCUCUGCCAUCUGAUUUUGAACACACCAUCCAUGUCGGCUUUGACGCUGUUACUGGGGAGUUUACUGGCAUGCCAGAGCAGUGGGCCCGGCUCCUGCAGACAUCCAACAUCACCAAACUGGAGCAGAAGAAGAAUCCUCAGGCCGUCCUCGAUGUUUUAAAGUUCUACGACUCUAAAGAAACGACCAACAGCCAGAAAUACAUGAGCUUCACAGAUAAAAACGCAGAUGCCUACAGCUCCUCCACCACAACGAUCGCCAAGGCUGUGUCUGAGACGCCCGCCAUAGCAACCGUAUCCGAGGAUGAGGACGAAGAUGAGGCUGAGCCGCCGCCGGUGAUUGCCCCACGACCAGAACACACCAAAUCAAUAUACACUCGCUCAGUGAUCGAGCCCCUCCCUCCUCCUCCCACCAAAGAUGCUGCGACCUCCCCCAUCUCCCCACCGACCGCUGCAGCGGCCGCCGUCACCCCCGCCCCCCCUUCGGAAGGAGCUCCCAGCAGCCCUCCCAGUGCAAGCCCCGCCCCCGGGCCCUCCUUGCCCCGCCCUCAGGACAAAACCAGGAAGAAGAAGAUGUCAGACGAGGAGAUCCUGGAGAAAUUACGGACAAUUGUAAGUGUUGGAGACCCCAAGAAGAAAUAUACACGCUUUGAGAAGAUUGGACAGGGGGCGUCUGGGACGGUGUACACAGCUAUCGACAUCGCUACUGGACAGGAGGUUGCCAUUAAACAAAUGAACCUGCAGCAGCAGCCGAAGAAAGAACUGAUCAUCAACGAGAUUCUGGUGAUGAGGGAAAACAAGAACCCAAACAUCGUCAACUACCUGGAUAGUUACUUGGUGGGCGACGAAUUGUGGGUGGUGAUGGAGUACCUGGCCGGAGGUUCAUUGACUGACGUCGUCACGGAAACCUGCAUGGAUGAGGCCCAGAUAGCUGCUGUGUGCAGAGAGUGUCUGCUGGCGUUGGAGUUCCUUCACUCGAACCAGGUCAUCCAUCGAGACAUCAAGAGUGACAACAUCCUGCUGGGCAUGGACGGCUCCGUCAAACUCACUGACUUUGGGUUCUGUGCCCAGAUCACUCCAGAGCAGAGUAAACGCAGCACUAUGGUCGGGACCCCGUACUGGAUGGCUCCGGAGGUUGUGACCCGAAAAGCCUACGGUCCCAAAGUGGACAUCUGGUCCCUGGGCAUCAUGGCCAUAGAGAUGGUGGAGGGGGAGCCGCCUUACCUGAACGAAAAUCCACUCAGGGCGCUGUAUCUCAUAGCAACCAACGGGACACCAGAGCUCCAGAACCCGGAGAAACUGUCGACGAUAUUCAGAGACUUCCUGAACCGAUGUCUGGAGAUGGACGUGGAGAAGAGAGGCUCGGCUAAAGAGCUACUGCAGCAUCAGUUUCUGAAGAUGGCGAAGCCUCUCUCCAGUCUGACUCCUCUCAUUGUGGCUGCCAAGGAAGCCGCCAAGAACAACCGCUAGCUAGCCUUGCACUCAUCAUUUUGUCUGUCUAUCCCUCUUUCUCUCUCUACCAUCCCUCCUUCCUGUCUCUUCUCCUUCUCCUUUUCUUUGUCGGGAGAUGGCGAUGGCUGCUGGCUGGGUUACAUAACCA